AACAUUUUAUCACGAAGUGCUAUUCUUACAUCCGAAAAAAUGGCAACUUCUCCAAAUACUACAUUAACUUCGCCAAAGAAGAAAGAUGAGUCAAUUCUCGAAAAGAUUGGCACUCUAGGAAGGAAGAAGAAGGUUAAAGAAGCGAUUGAGCUACAAGAAGAGGGUAAAAAUGCCAUAGAAUCACCAACAAGUCCAACAACAGCAAAUGUAGGACCAGAGGGGUACUUCCUAGAGGAAAAUGAAGAGCGUUCAAUGAUUGAACCCAAUUCCAGAGAAGACCCAAAAGUGAAAGAAUUAAUGAAAUUGCUACUAGAAUGGAUCAAUGAUGUAUUGGCAGAUGAUAGAAUCAUUGUGAAGGAUAUAGAAGAGGAUCUCUUCGAUGGACAGAUCUUACAAAAAUUGAUCGAAAAGUUAGCAGGUAUAAAAGUAGAUGUUACAGAAGUUUCGCAGUCGGAGAUGGGACAGAAGCAAAAACUGCGUGUGAUUCUUGAUGUUAUAAAUAGAAUAUUGAAUCUCCCGCAGCUUGGAGCAUGGAAUCAGCAAAAAUGGAGUGUUGACAGUGUACAUUCAAAGAAUUUGAUUGCAAUUCUACACCUGCUUGUUGCCCUGGCCAGACAUUUUCGAGCACCAAUCAGAUUGCCUGAAAAUGUCUAUGUGUAUCUUGUUGUUGUACAGAAGAGAGAUGGCAUGCUGCAGCCAAGACGUGUUGCUGAAGAAAUCACUGGAACAAAUGAAGAUGUUGGUGGAAAGUUUGAACGUGAUGCCUUUGAUACAUUGUUUGAUCAUGCACCGGAUAAACUGAAUCUUGUGAAAAAGACAUUGGUGACAUUCGUAAACAAGCAGCUUCUCAAGGUGAACUUAGAAGUAUCAGAUAUUCAUACACAAUUUCAUGAUGGUGUAUACCUAGUACUGUUGAUGGGUCUGUUGGAGGGAUAUUUUGUACCACUACACAGUUUUCAUCUGACACCUACAGAGUUUGAUCAGAAGGUGCACAAUGUAGGCUUUGCCUUUGAACUAAUGCAGGAUGCUGGUCUGCCUAAACCCAAGGCACGAGCUGAAGAUGUGGUUAACCUUGACUUGAAGUGUACACUGCGAGUACUAUACAACAUUUUCACAAAGUACAAGGACACACCAAUGCCUUAGAGGUCAAGGACGCUUGGCUGAUUUUGAAAAGUCAAGGUUUUUAAAAAAAGAAUCUCCAACCAAAAUGGAUCUUUAUAUUAUACCAGUGCCAAUAACUGUCAUUUAUCAUGCAUCAUUACUUUUUGUCUUAAUAAAGUCAUUAAAGUUAAUUGCAAUCAAUUAUAUGUGUUUCGCAAUAGUUAAUCAUAUUACAGGAUACGUUUAGGUUUAGUUUUGUUAUUUUUGUAUGAAAAAUGAUGCGCAUUCUCUAAUUACACAUGCACUUGGGCUCACAUGAGCAGUUUAAUAUCUGGUUCAAUGCAUUUUGUAUUUUGUACAUGAAAUUACCAUAGCCCUGUGUAUGAAUCUGUUCUGUAUUGCAACCCUGCAGACAUUAUGAAAUGGUUUACUAGUAUGUGUAUUACAAAUUUUCACCUAUUAUGGCAUGAUAUAUUCUCUAACUAUCUAAACUGUUUGUAUGUCGAUAUAUUUGAGGUGAUAAUGAGAUUGUUUAUUGAUGAAAGGAUAAGAAAAGGUUCUUUGAUCAAUAACUGAUGAAUAAUUGUUUCUGUCAUGCACUUACAAAAUGUACUUUUUCCAGAUCUUAAUGUAGAGAAUGUGGAAAAUCGAGUGUGAGGAAAAUUAAGCACGUUUUCAAAAAAAAAAAAAAAAAUAAAAAAAAUUUAAAAGUUGGAAAGAAUAAUACAGAGUUUGAUUUUAUAUAUAAAAAUAAAAGUUUAAAAAGUCCCAAGAUUUUGCUAUACAUAACAUCAUUGAAACUGCUAUUAUAGGAAUAUUGAAAUUGCUAUCAAUACCAUUAGAUAACGUUUGUAAUACUUAAAAAAAAGAGAAUGUCCCAAGCAAGAUUUUUUAUGCGUCACAAUUUCUAUGUAAUGUUUGCUGAAAACCGUGGAUAACUGGAACAUUAUGUCCAUGAGAAAUCAAUGUUUUAAGCGAUUUUAAUCUAAGCAUAUUUCUAACAUUCACUUUUCAUAUAAAACAGUAAUUAACCAUUUAGGUUUCUGUAAAUUAUUUUCCCCAGGGGUAUAGGAACUACUUGAAAAAUAUCAUUUACAGAAUGCUGCAAUAUUCAUGAUUGUUUCAAGCCAAGCAUGUUACGAUUUUAAUUGGCUGAAACAUCAUUAAAGUGUCACUAGCAGGCAAAUUAUGUAUGUUAAAACAUAUAAUUAAUUGAUAUAAUCAUUCUAAUGAGAAUUGGUUCACAGACUGUGAAGUAUGGCAGUUUAUGAGAUUUUGAAAUUACAGCUGGGAGACAUAUACUGAAAUUAUUGAUAUUUGGGGUGGGGGGAGGGGGACUGAUUUGUGGCAAGUCAUGAAAUUUGAAUUGCAAUGAACAAACAAAUUCUUACUCAUCACCUUCAUCAGUUGAAAAUCCAUAAAUCUGGGUCCCCAUGAAAUCCCCUCCUCCCCCUGCCCCCCGGCGAAUUCUUUUCAUAGACUGGUUAAGGCCUAAACUUACCUGGUAUCCUUUUUCAGGAUUUUCAGAUAAUUGAGGGGGUGGGGAUGGGGGGGGGGGGGUGAGGGGAGGGCACAAAAGAGUACCAGAUAGUAGUAAAUGUACAUGUUGGUUUCUAUUUUAACUUCAUUGUAGAUGUAAUAAUGACAAGUCUGAUGGGAUUUUAAAAAGGAAAAUACAUGUCUUAGAAUAUGUGCAGGUGAUUUUAUUCAUAAGUUUGAUCUACACCAUACCAUGCCUUACCAUUUAUGAUAGUUAUAAGAAAAAUGUCAUAUCAGAAAUUUUUCCUAUAGGAUACAUUAUCCCAGUAUUCUUUGCAGUUUAAGCAUUUCAGAAGUAUUAAUUAUCAAGUAAAUUCGUUUUAGUAAUUUAGAGAAUAUAACAACUUUUUGUAAAAAUAAAGAAGGAAUCAAAAUUUCUGCAUUUAUUAAGUACCGGUAAAUUUCAUUUCUUGCUUUGGCUUCUAUGUCCUAGAUUUGCCGUGGUCUGAAAAGACCUGUAUAUAUGCAUUUUAACCCUUAUCAUGCUGGACACGAUUUAUUCUGCCUUUGCGACCAGUGUAGAUCAUGAUCAGCCUGCACAUCUGAGAUUUUACAGACUGUUUGCAGACUAUUAUAUGCUCCUGAAUGGUACUUGACAAUUUUUUUUUUAAAUGUUGGAAGUCUAAUAGUGACUAUUGUAUGUAGAUAUGUAUGUUUACAAUAAUCUUACUAGUAUAUUGUUCAUUGUUAUUCUGUUAUAUAUUGGUGAUAUUUUUAAGUAUUCUAAGACAAGUUUUUACGAAUGAAAUGUUUCAGGGCAAUUCAAUUUCGGAUUUUACAGUCAUGAACAUUUAAAGGGGCCUGUCUAAUAUUGUUGGGAAUAUUUGAUUUUUUUUUUUUUUUUGAUUUUUUUCAUGCACUCUUUGUACAAAAUAGAAGGUGGAACAGUAGCUUUACAAAAACUAACUUUGUACAAAAUGUUGGUGUCAUUUUAUUAAUGGAUCUGUUAGUUUUGCAUGGACUUAACUCAGAACUUCAUUGAAAAGUAGAGACUCAUCUUUUUGCAUUUUUUGACCAUAAUUUACUAGUUGUCGAAAAAAAUGUUGACAAAAUUCAUCUAGUGGAAUGAAUUUAAGUAAUAAGUGACUGAUAUAUAUUCAUGAUUGAUAUGUGAGUUAAUGAAUUCAUUAGCCUCUGUAAUAUAACGAAGUCAGAGGUAUUUCAGUGUAUAUGUAAUAAGUCUUUGAGAAUUUUUGACAGUUUUGACAAAUUAUUGAUCGUUUCUAAGCGCAGUCUUGAAUUUGACUACUGACAUUAUUGUAUUGUGAACUAACAUUUAUAACCAUGGAGCAUGGACUAUUUUGAAUAUUUUCAGAAAACCUCAGCAUAAAAUAUUCAGUGUCUUGUUUAAUAGGUGUACAUUUAUUGAACUCUUGUCAAUGUUUACAGAAAAAAAAGUUAAGAAUAAACAAAAUUGUUUAGUUUCAGUGAGUUGACAUAUUGUAGAGAUGUAGUUCAAAGCAUGAUUCCUUUGGAGGUUUCCAAUUGGUGGAAAAAAAAUUCUAACCAGUAAAACCUUUUAAGUCUUAUAUCCUACAUAAUGUGGUAGUUUUCCUUUUUGAAGUAAAUGAUUUUAGUGUGUUUCUAGUAUGAAUACUUAAGCAGAUGGCUGUAUUUUGGCCACUGUUUCCAUAAUGAACAAUUUUGAAGCUUUUAUAAACCUCAUAAAAUUUCACUCUCAGGGCUUUUUUUUCAAGUCACUCACAUCCUUACUUGAUACUGCUUGUUACUAUUUUCAUAUAUUCUGUGCCAGACAAAAAGUAUACAGUCGAACUUCGUUCGCUCAGACUCUACAGGAUCGGCAAAAUUUGUUCGAGUCAGCGGUAGUUAGAGCCAUUAAAACAAUAUGAAAAUACAGGGAUUUUGCCAGGACUUGACGAUGAGUUCGAUCAAAGGUUGGUGGUCGAAUUAUAUGAGUUCUGGCGAACAAAGUUCGACUGUAAUAGAGUUGGUUCAUAUCAUGCAUAUUCAGAUCAGUUCAAAGUCAGUUGCAGCAUGAAAUGAGCCGCGCCAUGGGAAAGCCAACAUAGUGGCUUUGCGACCAGCAUGGAUCCAGACCAGCCUGCGCAUCCGCGCAGACUGCGCGGAUGCGCAGGCUGGUCUGGAUCCAUGCUGGUCGCAAAGCCACUAUGUUGGUUUUCUCUUGACACGGCUCAAAUAGUAAUUAAUCCAUAGCAAGCAGUGACUGCAAAACAUUUCAAUCUUUGAUUAUGAUUAAACCGAAAAACCGCUAAUCUUACUUACAUAAGGACAUACUUAAUUAGUUCUUUUGUUGUUCUUUGUUACAUCAGUGACUGAAAGACAUAACUGUCGUGUUUGAAGAUUGAGCAAAAUUAAUCACAGAAAUAUCUCCAUAUUACAGAAUGAUUCCUUUAUAAAUGAACCAUUUUCAGUUCCUUAUUGAUUAAAUUGAAAUUUUAUUUUAUGAUUAUGCACCUAAAAUAGUUUCACUGUCAACCCUUGAUUUACCUUUACAAAAGGUGUAUAGCUCAUUGCAUAUUCCGCAUGUAAGUACAAUGUCUUCAAUCACAUCCUUUAUGGUAUUUUGAAACUGUUGUAAAAUACUUUUGAUGUUUUGAUAUUGUUUGACACUGGUUGUCAGCAGGUUUUGUGAACUGAUAGUUGCUUAUUUGAUAAUCACCACAAAAAUACAUUGACUUAAUAAAACAGUUUAACCACUUAUUGUGCUGUGGUUAGGAUACCUGUUGUAUUUGAAGACAGUAAAAAUAAGGUUGUACAGUAAAAUACAAUAUCUUUGGGCACCUACCGGUAUAGCUAGAGCACCCAGAUUCCCUUGAGCAUAUAUGUGUAUAGCACCUAGGCUCAUUUGAGCAUUGAUUGUUAGAGCAUGCAGGCUCACUCAAGCAUCAGUGGGUAUGGCACCCAGGCUUACUCAAGCAUCAAUGGGUGUGGCACACAGGCUCACUCUAGCAUCAGUGGGUAUGGCACCCAGGUUCACUCAAGCAUCAGUGGGUAUGGCACCCAGGUUCACUCAAGCAUCAGUGGGUAUGGCACCCAGGUUCACUCAAGCAUCAGUGGGUAUGGCACCCAGGCUUACUCAAGCAUCAACGGGUGUGGCACCCAGGCUCACUCUAGCAUCAGUGGGUAUGGCACCCAGGUUCACUCAAGCAUCAGUGGGUAUGGCACCCAGGUUCACUCAAGCAUCAGUGGGUAUGGCACCCAGGUUCACUCAAGCAUCAGUGGGUAUGGCACCCAGGCUUACUCAAGCAUCAACGGGUGUGGCACCCAGGCUCACUCUAGCAUCAGUGGGUAUGGCACCCAGGUUCACUCAAGCAUCAGUGGGUAUGGCACCCAGGUUCACUCAAGCAUCAGUGGGUAUGGCUAGUUCACUUGUCCCUCCAUGAUUUGCUUAAGUUUUCUUUAUUUCGGAUUGAUCAUUGAACAUUUUCCGCAUCCCCCCUGGAACCGAGAGUGAUUGGUAUUUUACUGUAUUAUCUAUCCAUGCAUGUCAUAGGUGUCUUACAAUGGUAAGCCUGUUUAUUUGUGUUAAUUAUGCAGACAUUUGAUGGGAGUAAUGUCAUAUUUGUUGUUUCUGGAUGUUCAGUCUAUCUAUAGAGAUUAAUUCCUUGGCUAAAAUUGAAUUACUAUAUUUACUAAAAAUAAGAUUUAAAGAAAAUUUUGUCAGAGAUUAAAUAAUGGAAAACUAGACACCUGUAUGUUGCACAUCCUUAGAAUAUGUGUUUGAAUUAAAAUAUUUAUAUGAAGAUAUUAAAUUUGUAGGAAUAAUCAUUUGAUAUAUAUUGCAAGCAUCAAUAUUGUGUUGUUUAUGUAAAUAAUAAUCAAGCUUUUGUAUUAUUCAUUGCAAGUUAUUGUCUACGUGUAAAAAUGUGUAUCAUUUGUUAUAUAGAUUGUAUUUAUUACAGACGACUUGUACAAUACCAUUUUAGAUUUUUUUGGUGCUAUAAAUAUUGUAAUGUGUAAAACUUUCUAAAAUUAAAAUUUAAAUCAAAUAUC